AUGGAUCCGCAAACAGACCUUCCCGACCUCGUCGAGGACCUGGAAGUCAACAUCGACGAGCUCACCACAGCACUCGAGCCUCUACUAGCAACGCCGCUGCACACGACCGCGUCAUCCCUCCCGCUUCUGGACAAGGCAGAGUUCUACUGCAUGUCUGCCUAUGCCGUCGAGGCGAUCCUCUUUUCCGUGCUCAAGGCGUCGGGCGUCAAUGCGAUGGAGCACGAUGUCUUCAAGGAGAUUGCGCGCUUAAAGCAGUACAACAGCAAGAUCAAGGACAUCAAGGACAGAGGUAUAAUGGGUAGUGCUGAAGGCAGGGCGCGACUGGAUGUAGGCGCAGCCCAGAGGUUCAUCAAGCAUGGACUGGCUGGCAACGACAAGUACGAUCUCGAGAGGCAGGAGCGCAUAGCGAAGGAAAAGGCCCGAGCGCACCUGAAGGCUCAGAAGAUCAACAAGAAAUUCGACGACGAGGGCAAGGAGAUGGAAUCCAAGGAUGCGACACCGAAGAAAAGGGCUGUCGACGAAGUCGACGACCAGCAAGAGUACUCGGAUGAUGAGGUAAUGGAAGGUCUGGAGGAGACAGAGCCGGCAACCAAGAAAGCCCGCGUUACUUCAGCCGACGGCACAGAAAUCGACUCGGAAGCCACAUCGUCCAGCCAGACAACGUCGAAGAAGCAGAAGAAGGGGACAAAAGCCAAGAAGUCAAAGACGAAGAAAGAAGCCAAGAAGGCUGAGAAGAAGGCAACACAGAGCGCGGAGGAGAGCACCGAAGCCGACGCCGAUAACAAGGAGGACGACGGUAGAUCGCAAGCAGAACCCGAACCAGAAAUCGACACACCACAACCCAAGAAGCGCGGCCGUCCCCCCAAAAAGGACAAAAAGGUACCAACAAAAGCUAAACAAGACUCGGACACCAUUGACGUCGCGACACCGACCCAAGAAACAGACGUUGAAGCAACGCCCUCGAGAGCCGAGGAGCGCGUUACAAGAAGAAGGAACACGAGGCUUUCGACGCAGAACUUGCAGGAUGAGGAGUCUGUAGUUCCGACGCCGGAUGAUGCUCCUAAGACGCGUAGCGAGACUUUUACUGCGCUGCUGGAUGGGUCGUUGAGUGAGAAGCAGAAGAAGGGCAAGACUGGGGGUAGAGGGGUCGUAAGCCGUUAUCUUUGUUGGUCUCGCAGUAUCCAUGGAUUCGCUCCCUUCUCUUCUUUCCUCCUCUCAUCACAUCUCGGCCACUCCAAAACUAUCAUGGAGAGUACUCAGAGUCUCCAACGCAAGGCUAGCCAGUCCACGCUAUCGGUCCAAACGGAACCAAAACACGAACCGGCCUCGAUAGCGACACCUCUUCUGGAAUCCAGCGAUGCCACUCUUGCCCCACAAGGCUGGCCAACAUCGCCAAGCCGUAUCAAGCACCCUCUGUUCCCAGCACUGCUAGACGGUGCCUUUGACAUAGCUCUAUUCGCAUUCUCGUCAUGCUUCCUCGUCUUUUCGCUGGUAGUCAUGUCUUAUGAUGGCGCUCCAACAAGUGAGAAUCCAAGGGCUACUACCGCUCUAACGAGAGCCACUAAAUAUGGUCCCACUGUCUUCCCCCUCCUCUUCGCUUCCGUCGUUGGACGAGCAACUCACGCAAUACUCAUUUGGCGGCUGGAGAAGGGCGAACGGAUCCACAUCCUCGACACGUUAGCUACAAGCACAUCACUCACAAGCACAGUCAUCUCACAGAUUCAGCUUCGUCAAAUUAGUGUUUUGAGUGUAUUGCUUGUCCUUGUGUGGGCACUAUCCCCGAUUGGCGGCCAAGCAUCGCUCCGGCAAAUGUCUAUUGGGGCGGUGAAACGCAGUGAUGCAUCAUUUCAAUAUGUUGUACCACUCAAACCCUUGGGGAUGGGGCUAGUCGGUGAUCUAUGGGUCCCAACGGCAAGCACUCUUCUCACCAGCGCUAUGUUUGCUACAUUAAGCGCCAGAACUUCUUCUCCAGUCGAUUUAUGGGGUAAUGUCAAGAUACCCAAAAUCGAGCAUUACGAGAAGACAGCCAACCCAGACAGUGGCGAUUGGUACAACACUACGUUAAGCGAUGAUGACUUCGCUACCUAUACGUCUUUCGUAGGCAUCCCCAUUGAGGGUGUCAAAAGUGGUACUAUUCCAACCGACUACGAAUUUUAUUUACAAACGGAGUAUCUUCAGCUGACAUGUGCUUCCAUCAACCGCACAGCAAGCGCCGAACAGCCUUACGGGGACACCCCUUCGGAUCUUGGAGAAAUACAAGGCGACGAUGAUCUUUUCUGGUAUCCAAGCGAUGACGAGGUCGCGAAUAGAUGGUACAAUGCGCUUGAGGCACUAACACCAAUGAACUUUUCCUAUGUCAUUUCGACUAAUCAGAGUGGAGAACCUCCGGAGUAUGCGACGAGCGUUUCAUGCUCAGUGAAGAACAGUUAUGUGGAAGUUGGAGUUCUAUGCGCUGUCGGUUCUCCAUGUCAGGCUGUCAAGGUUCGCCGCUCGCGACUACCCCAACUCCCGCCCGCAUUUACGAUUAUGGACCCCAUGGUAGGAGAUUUUUUGGCUGGAUUGAUGUGGAGUAUAGGCUACGGUGAGAAAGGAGCGAGUUUCCCAAUCACAAGUAUCCUUAAACAAUUCUUGUGGUAUCCUGCGCUCGCGACGCCCACGGACUCGAGAAAAUUGUACCUAAGACAGCCGAUCUCCGACGAGGCCUGGUCUGAUCGAUUCGGUCAUCUGUUAAAUUCGUUCUGGACUUGCGCGUAUAGUACUAACACUUUAAGUGGCGGGAUUCAUGCCGCCAGUUCCUACUUUUGGGACACAAACAUUACGUUCAGCAAGCCACUCCAAGAUGAAUCCAAUCCUGACUCCUUGUCCAAUCACAAUUGGACAACUGAUGGCCUGAAAUCAAAAGUGUGGUCAUCACAAGGCCACAAAGUAGAGUACAUCGACAUUAUCAAAGCCCACAAACCCUGGGCUAUCACGCUUGCCAUUACAUCACUCGUGCUCAUGGCAUUCGGCCUCAUUCCACUUCUUGUCCGUCACUUCCUUACCAACGGCCCAGACAUAGCGAUGAACUUUUCCAGCCUAGCCACAAGAAACAAUCCCCACGUACCAAUCCCUGCCGGUGGAUCAUUCCUUCCUGCUUCGGACCGGUUCAGACUGCUCAAAGAUCUGAGGCUCCGUUUUGCCGAUGCUGAAAGCAAGUCCGAUGUCGGAAAUCUGGUGAUCGCUGCUCAGGGCGUCGAGAAAGCGGGAUAUUCGAGGGUUCGCAAGGGCCGGUUGUAUGAAUGA